GCCAACUAGGAUAUAUUAAACGUAACCCGCCUAUUGUUACGAAAGACUCGUAUCCUUAAAGUUCAUGGACGCAUCCUAGAAUAUUAUAAAAAUUUAUGAAACUGUCAUUUAAAACUUCCGGAGUUCUGAAAUAAAACAGCGCAGGAGAAACAGCCAACCUCCAACUGAAUCUGCAGGGCUCUUCGGGAGAAAACCACAAAAAAAAAGAGACUGUAAAAGCCCUCGACUGAGGUUUUAAGUCAUUUCAGCGGAGAGAAUCCCUUAAUGAUGACAGACGUCUGAGCGAAAAUUGAACGGGAAACCUCCCAGGAAGUUCCUCCAUCGCUGCAAACUUGACAAAAGAAAAGAAGACAAAGGAAGAGGAAAAAGCAGAAAGAAAAAUUCCCUCACAUCGGUGUCAGCAUGGACACGAAAAAGCAAUUAACGUUCCCCCUGUUGAUGAGUGUUGGAACAGCUGUGAUCGGCUCCCUGCAGUUUGGCUACAACACAGGUGUCAUCAAUGCCCCUCAGAAGAUCAUUGAGAACUUCAUCAAUGAGACAUGGGUGGGUCGCUACGAGGAGCCCAUCCCCGAAAUCUCCCUCACAGCUAUCUGGUCUGUCGCUGUGGCCAUCUUCUCUAUUGGUGGCAUCAUUGGCUCCUUCUCUGUUGGACUCUUUGUCAACCGCUUUGGAAGGAGGAACUCUAUGCUCAUGUGUAAUGUCCUGGCCUUCAUCGCAGCCGCUCUCAUGGGCUUUUCAAAGCAUGCGAGCUCCUGGGAAAUGCUGAUCAUUGGUCGCUUUGUGGUUGGCCUCUACUCUGGCCUCUCCACGGGCUUUGUACCCAUGUAUGUAGGUGAGGUUUCCCCAACAUCGCUACGAGGAGCCCUGGGCACCCUCCACCAGCUGGGCAUCGUCAUUGGCAUCCUCAUUGCACAAGUGUUUGGAAUAGAGUCAAUCAUGGGCAACAAGGAUCUGUGGCCGCUCCUGUUAGGCUUUACCUUCAUCCCUGCUGUGAUACAGUGUAUCCUGCUGCCUCUCUGUCCCGAGAGCCCCCGUUUCCUGCUCAUGAACAAGGGCGAAGAGAACAAGGCCAAGAGUGUGCUGAAGAAGCUCCGGGGCACUACGGACGUGGGUGCUGACAUGCAGGAGAUGAAGGAAGAGAGCCGGCAGAUGAAGAGGGAGAAGAAGGCGACCAUUCUGGAGCUUUUCCGCUCGCCUCUCUACCGCCAACCCCUCCUCAUCGCUGUCAUGCUGCAGCUAUCCCAGCAGCUGUCUGGCAUCAACGCUGUAUUCUACUACUCUACCAGGAUCUUCGAGAAAGCUGGAGUUCAGCAGCCUGUCUACGCCACCAUCGGAGCCGGUGUGGUUAACACGGCGUUCACUGUGGUGUCGCUGUUUGUCGUUGAACGUGCAGGACGUCGGUCUCUGCACAUGCUGGGGCUGCUGGGAAUGGCUGGAUCUGCUGUCCUGAUGACUAUUGCCUUGGCUCUGCUGGAAAAACACCAUUGGAUGUCAUACGUGAGCAUCAUAGCCAUUUUUGCCUUUGUGGCGUUCUUUGAGAUUGGACCGGGUCCCAUCCCCUGGUUCAUCGUGGCGGAGUUGUUCUCGCAGGGACCCAGGCCUGCAGCCAUGGCUAUUGCUGGUCUCUCCAACUGGACUGCCAACUUCAUAGUGGGAUUUGGCUUCCAAUACGUAGAGGCGCUGUGUGGCCCUUAUGUCUUUAUCAUCUUCACCGUGCUACUGCUCUUUUUCUUCAUCUUCACCUACUUCAAAGUGCCGGAGACCAGGGGCCGGACGUUUGACGAUAUCACAGCUGGCUUCAACCAGACGGCUGCCGCCGGAAGAGAAAAGCCCUCUCCAGAUGAGCUCAACAGCCUGGGAGCCGAUUCUCAGCUCUAAGUGGCUGUUUUUCACUUCCUAACAAACUCUUUCUCAGACCGAGGAGGAGUGAGAAGGGUCUACUAACUAGAAGUCGACACUUUGGUAGAAUAAUUUUCUCACUGUCACCACAUUUCGGGCGUCAUUACCAAACACAGAACAGCCCUGUGUGAUUUUCCAACCAAACAACAAAAAAAAAGCAAAACCUUGAUGGGCACUAUGUCGCCUGACGCAUGUGGAGAGAGGAAUAGAUGGGGAAAAUAUUUAAUAUUUUUAAGAUGUCUUUACAACAGUCAACUUUUUUUACUACCUUUGUUACUGACUAUAUUACUGAUGUGCUUAUGCUCUGUUACCUGUUACAGUUAUUUGGUGAAAGAACGCUGUACACCUGGAGAUCAGUUCACUGUACAAAUACUUUUUAUCAAUCAUACUGUAAUGCUGACUCUCACGCUGUAGGUGCCGCACAGUCUCUCUCCACCAGAUGGGGCGCUGGCCUUACAAAGCUCCCUUCUUAAGGAUUAAGUUAUUUGUACUGUUUUAAAUUAGUGAGUACACUCAAUGUGGUAGUUGGUGUUUUUCUUUUAAGGAUUUAUUAGACUAACUUGCCACUUAUUUUACAUGGUUUUUAUGUAUUUACUCCUGCUGGAUAACAUUUUAUUCUUAAUUGUUAGAAAUGAAAUGUUUCACUGAAAAUGUAAUGAUUUCUUUCCCUCCAUGAACAUAAAACUGUUUCCUAAUAAUAUACCAAGAAUUUCACUCACCGUUCAUGUAUUUUAACACCGUUCCGUUUUAGCAGCACCACAGCUGAAAUCAACGUUGGUCUGUGCAAGAGGAACACUGUCUGCACAGAUUAGUACCAGAGCACUGAACCUGGGAGCGACUUUGAAUUGAAAAAAAAUGUCCCUUCUUUUUCCCAUAACUUCAGAUAAGUACACACUUACAUUCAGUAUCCACAAAAUCACAAAUCUGCUGUGCAGGUCAGCCGGCCUGAUCCAGACUGAAAGCUUCUGUCAGUGGACAGUCUUCAUUAUUAGUAUUUCACAGUUGAGCUUACCUGUAGAUCAGUUUGAGAGCUGUCUGGAGCUGUUCACACAAACAGGUGAUGCAUGCCACUCUUCUGUGACAGCUACAAAGCUUCUGAAAAUGCAAGAGAAAACGGGGACCAAAAUGAAAGUCAGCCUGGACAGUUUUCAUUUUCCUGAAAGUGUCUUGUGUUGGGUCAAACCUAUCUUGCACUCCAUAAAGUCCAGUGGGGUUGGCGCUGUUAUUGUAAAAGGCUCAUCUUGUCAUCUUGUGCACUGAAUUCUGCAGUAUUUGUAGCUUUCACUCUCUUUUGGCUGUGUAGUGUUCUGUAUGGUAGCUGGUGAAAAGAAAACUCCAGUCGGGCUAACUUCUGCUGUACAAGUCACCUUUUACCAUUGCUGUAUCACUUGUUCAACCUUUCUUCUCUUGUGUUGCAUUGUUUGAGUAAAGUCAUCUGUUUAGCAGCACUUUAUUAUUCGCAGUGAUAUUUUUUUGUCACUGAAACACUGAGGUUUCAGUUUAUUUUUAUUUUGCUCAGCAUGGAAACUGUUAUUGACGAGAGACUGAAGUCCUGCUGAUGGAUUACUUGAUGUCUGUGUGGAAUUUUAUCAUGUUAUAUCUCUUAAGACCUUGUAUAAAGCACAUUUACAGUAGGUGUGUACACGUAGUCCACUGAAAUCCUUCCUAGUCAAAAACCAUUUGAAUCAUUCCAUCAUACGUUAUUAAUUGUUGUAUAUAGUAGAUCUUUCUAUCAUUCAAUGCAUCUCCGUCUGAGAACGCACUGUAACAUCACACUCACAAAUCUUCACCAGCAAAAGCAUGUAGUGUCCGCACAGAUUUUUUUUUUUUAAAUAUCAAAAGUGUAUUUAAUGUAAAUA